GUGUUUAUCGUGGGAAGUUUCCGGAGUUGUGCAGAUGUCUGGUGGUUAUAAGUAGUACCUGGUGACACGGGACGUCCAGUCAGUACCCCUCUCUACCUGAAGUAUCACAGAACGCGAGCGAGACUACAGAGACAAGAUGCUGUUCGUUGUGCUCUCGGCCUUUGUGGCAGUCGCUGCCGCAUCAGGAAACUAUGGAAACAUCAUGGCGGUGGACACUACCGGUGCCAGCGCACAGACCGCCAGCCAGGACGGCAUCGGCUACGGAGGUACCAGUGCCUCCCAGCAGAUGGCCAGGACAGACCUCAACCGCCUGAACACCUACAAAUCGAAGAUCUAUAACGCCGCCAGCGCCAAGAACAUGGACCCCGCCGUCAUCGCCGCCAUCAUCAGCCGUGAGUCCCGCGCAGGCGCAGCACUGGCCUCGGACGGAACAGGGGAUAAUGGGAACGGAUACGGGCUCAUGCAGGUGGACAUCCGUUACCACACCCCCCAGGGCGGUCCGUACACCACGACUCACAUCAAGCAGGGAACCCAGAUCCUCAUCGAUACCAUCAACUGCGUCAAGCGCAACCACCCUGGCUGGAGCACCGAGAUGGCCCUCAAAGGCGGAAUCUCCGGGUACAACGCCGGGUGCGGUAACGUGCAGACCUACAACGGGAUGGACAUCGGUACUACCGGGGAUGACUACGGGAAUGACGUGGUCGCGCGCGCGCAGUGGCUGAAGAGGAACGGCUACAACUGAGCACUCUAUCUGCCAGUCAAGCAUGACGAAGAGUCUGCUGAAAAAAAUUGGAUGAUUGAUUAUGAGAUUUGAAUAAGAUGAUAAAUAUUGUUUCAA